AACAAGCGGCACGACGCCGGAAGUGGAAUUUCUCCUCCGAAGGACACUACGCCUCUUUGCAGCCGUUUGGGCAAAACGCGCAAACGACCCGAACCCGACUUUGGGAAAACAAAAAACAUCUGUUUCGCCUUCCACACCGCGAUCGUGUGGCCGGAACUGCAGCACCACUGGGCGCGGGACGAAUCCACCUCCUGGCACGGAGGGCCUGCACAAAGGAGCGCACGUAUAUAACCCGACGCAGCCACGAUGAGCCGGCUACUCAGCAGUAGUAGUUCGGUGCUUGGUGCGACCGGAAGCAAAAUGUCGGCGCUCGGAAAAGUGACGCACUGCAUCUUCGAUAUGGACGGGCUGUUGCUCGACACGGAAACUCUUUACACGCAGGUCACGCAAUCGAUCGCGGAACCGUACGGUAAGACGUACACGUGGGAAAUCAAGCAAACCAUCAUGGGUCUGCAGCGGGACGAAGCCGCCGAAGCGAUCGUGGCCGCCCUCGAGCUGCCACUAACUCCGGCCGAGUACGUGCAGGUCUCAACCGAGCGGAUCAACACCGUCAUGGAAAACUGCCAGCUGAUGCCAGGCGCAGAACGGUUGGUGCGCCAUCUGCACAAGCACAACGUUCCGAUCGCACUGGCCACCAGUUCCGGUGCGGAUUCCGUCGAGGUUAAGACGAAGAACCACCGCGAGCUGUUCGAGCUGUUCGGUCACAAGGUGAUGGGCUCGUCGGAUCCCGCCGUCAAGGAGGGCAAACCGGCACCGGACAUUUUUCUCGUCGCCGCCGAACGCUUCCCGGAUCAACCCGCACCCGGUCAGUGUCUCGUGUUUGAGGACGCCCCGAACGGCGUGACGGCGGCAAUCGCGGCCGGUAUGCAAGCCGUCAUGGUACCCGAUCCGCACAUUGAGGAGGAUCAGCGCCGGCAUGCGACAGUGGUGCUACAAUCCCUCGAGGACUUCCGCCCGGAGCAGUUUGGGUUGCCGGCGUUUACGUGAGCCGCGUGUGGGUGAGAACACCCGGUCCAGCCGGUGCCGACGUGGAAAGGAAUCGCGAUUUGCGUAGAACGCACCAGGACUGCCGAGCCGGGAAGCGGAUGGCGUCCGGUUUAUGUGUUAAGAUGUGUGCGAAGGAGCUUUAGUGGCGCCAUAGGCCUAGCAGGCACUCCCUUGGUUGAGCGGUUGAGCAUGCUUGAGUAACGAAACUAACGCAGGAAAUAUAUACAUUUUUUGUGAUGACUA